GUCAUUCGUGACCCCAUCGACAAGAUCAAAAGUACCCUUGCUGUACGUUGGGACAGGGCCAAGACUGGAAACGUCAAUUGGGGCAACCAGUUUAAGGACGCCAUUUUCAACGUAUACGGCGACGACGAUGAUGAGGCAGAGGAGGCCCCAUCACUCCAGAUGAUGGACCUCUUCAUUGUUGUUGUGAACUCCAGCACGCAGUCCACAACAUGCAGAGGGCACAGUGGAGACUAG